AUGAACAAAAAAGCAGCAGUCGUUGAGGAACUUCAUAGACCAGCUAGAAGAAGUUAUCCACGAAGACAUGUUCAUGUGCGCGGACUGGAUGAAACUUGGCAGGCAGAUCUUGUUGAUCUCACUGCCUACAGUAGUGAAAACAAAGAUUACACAUACCUCCUAAUAAUCAUCGAUAUUUUCUCGAAAUAUGCGUGGGCGGUACCAACGAAAACGAAAAAUGAAAAAGAUGUGACUGAUGCUAUAGGGUCUAUGCUGCAACAAGGUCGUGUACCGCAAAAAUUACAUGUGGAUCGUAGCAAGGAGUUCUACAACAGUGAAAUCAAGAAGCUCAUGAAAGAUUACCGGAUCACAAUGAAACUGAAAGCUCAUCGAACGCGAAAAAUCAAGUUCAAAGUUGGAGAUAAGGUGCGCAUCAGCAAGUACAAGAAUGUUUUUGAGAAAGGUUACACACCCAACUGGACAACGGAGAUAUUCACGAUCAGCCACGUUGUGAACACCAAUCCUGUGAUAUACAAACUCGUUGAUUAUGAAGAAAAACCCGUGGAAGGUGGAUUUUAUCAAGAGGAAUUAACGAGAGUGACUUAUCCUGAUGUUUAUCUUGUAGAAAAAAUACUUCGAAGACGUGGAAACAGAGUUUUUGUUAAGUGGUUAGGUUUUGAUAGUUCUCACAACAGUUGGAUAGAUAAGGAUGAUUUGUAA